AUGUUUGUGUAUCUAUCACUUUUUUUGAUUUAUUCGACACUUGCCCAAGAAACUAUCGACCCCUUUGCACCAAACGACAAGGACUCACUUCCACAAAAUAGGGCCAGACACCCCGUUUGGUUCUCUGAGAACAACAACACGAACGACAUGUUUCUCAACUUCUGUGGCGAGCCAGACGGCUUUAAUCUCACAAGGGACAUUACUCGUUCAUGUUUCACGAAUCCAUAUUUGGAGUCACUAAUUCUUCCAUCUGCGCUGAUGAUCAUCGUUUUCUUGAUUGUAGUUGUGGUAUUCAUUAUGUGUGGGUGUGUCCACUGCUGUUGUGGACCUUGUUGCAAAGCAAAAAUUGGAUUUCUCUGCCCUAAAGGAAGCAAGAACUACAGCAAUUGUGAGUGCAUGGCGUGCACCAUUGUCAGUGUAGUCGUAUUACUUCUCGUUAUUCCUUUCAUGGUAGUUGGGGUUGUAGGAAAUGCUAGUAUGACCUCUGCAUUCAAAAAAUUUGGAAACGUCUUCUUCAACACAUACGAUAAUGUCACCUUGGCUUUUGGUGCCACAAUGACAGAUAUAAUUAACAUCGACCUGACACCACUUCAAAAUGUGAGUACUUUCGACCCAACACUCUUCCAAGAAGCCAUUUCGAUGGUGAACUCUUUGAACACUUCGAUUAACACGAUAGACCCCUACAUGAAUUCUUUGAAAACUGGAGUUGAUUAUGUGUAUAUCAUCAGAGAGGUUCUUGUUGACCUUGUCUUCUUUCUGCCUAUUAUUGCGUUUGUGUUAUACGUGUUUGGUGCGUUUUGUAAGUGCUACAAGUGUGUCAUUCCAAUAUUCCCUUGUGCACUUGUGUUUGGGUCCUUUGCGAUAAUGAUGGUCGCUUUCGAGUACCCGAUCGUCACUAUUGUCGCAGAUGUCUGCGUUUAUGCGAUCGACAAUUACACAACCACUACCACUACCGACCAAAACAUUGGUAAAAUACUCUCUGUGUUUACUGACUGUCCAUCGUCACCAUUACAAGACAUGUUGAAUCAAUACUUUGAAGUCGAGACACAAUUGGUUGAUUCUGCGUUGCAGAUGUACGACCAAGUUUGUGUUGGUGGUAUUGAAAAUCAAACCAAAGUAUUUAGGUACAAUCCGGAAGAUUACAACAAGUGCACAGGCCUAAGUAAUAAUGGCGCUUGUGUUAUAGCAGUGAAUAUUACAGCAACCACAGUCAACCAAAGUCCUGUCAAUUGUCCAGAAGCUGGUAAUAUAACAACUAUUGCGGGGGUUGGGUAUCUUCUUGGAAAUAUUAGUGUGUCGGAUUUUAAAGUCUACUUUGUGUCUGCAGCUGCGACAACGUUAACCGACCCAGUGAGGUGCGAGUUCCCAACAUGGCAGACCAGUUCAGAAGCCAGUGGAUUUGUGUUGACCAAUGUCAUUUGUGAUUGGCCAUCAAACAAGACUGUCGCUGAGUGUUCCAAGACAUGUCCGGAUGAGUACAAAUCGUACAUGGGCACGAUUUAUUCCCUUGUAUACACUAUACAAGAAAUAGGGAAGUUGAUCACAUCAAUCAACACUAACAUUGUGCCUCAAAUCAACUGCAAUGCCGUUGCAUACAAAGUUGUGGACAUCAAAGAGGCAGUUUGUUAUGACAUCAUCUCAUACGAACCACCUCUCAUCAUUGGCUUGGUUGGGUUCUGCGCUGUGCUGAUGGCGUUGUUUGGAGUUAGUAUUGUUUCUAUCAAGAGGUUUAAUAAGAGGAACUAUGAGGAACUUUGA